GAACCAAGACCAGAACCAGGACCAAGACCAGAACCAGAACCAAGACCAGAACCAGAACCAGAACCAAGACCAGAACCAGAACCAGAACCAAGACCAGAACCAAGACCAAGACCAGAACCAGAACCAGAACCAAGACCAAGACCAGAACCAGAACCAAGACCAAGACCAAGACCAGAACCAGAACCAGAACCAAGACCAGAACCAAGACCAGUACCAGAACCAGAACCAAGACCAGAACCAGAACCAAGACCAAGAUCAAGACCAGAACCAGAACCAAGACCAGAACCAGAACCAAGACCAAGACUAGAACCAGAACCAAGACCAGAACCAGAACCAGAUCCAAGAUCAGAACCAGAACCAAGACCAGAACCAGAACCAAGACCAGAACCAGAACCAGAACCAAGACCAAGACCAGAACCAGAACCAAGACCAGAACCAGAACCAAGACCAGAACCAGAACCAAGACCAGAACCAGAACCAAGACCAGAACCAGAACCAGAAACAGAACCAAGACCAAGACCAAGACCAGAACCAGAACCAGAACCAAGACCAGAACCAGAAUUAAGACCAAGACCAGAACCAGAACCAAGACCAAGACCAAGGCCAGAACCAGAACCAAGACCAGAACCAGAACCAAGACCAGAACCAGAACCAAGACCAGAACCAGAACCAGAACCAAGACGAAGACCAGAAUCAGAACCAAGACCAAGACCAGAACCAGAACCAAGACCAAAACCAGAAGCAAGACCAGAACCAGGACCAAGACCAGAACCAGAACCAAGACCAGAACCAGAACCAAGGCCAGAACCAGAACCAAGACCAGAACCAGAACCAAGACCAGAACCAAGACCAGAACCAGAACCAGAACCAGAACCAGAACCAAGACCAGAACCAGAACCAGAACCAGAUCCAAGAUCAGAACCAGAACCAAGACCAGAACCAGAACCAAGACCAGAACCAGAACCAGAACCAAGACCAAGACCAGAACCAGAACCAAGACCAAGACCAAGACCAGAACCAGAACUAGAACCAAGACCAGAACCAGAACCAAGACCAGAACCAGAACCAGAACCAAGACCAAGACCAGAACCAGAACCAAGACGAAGACCAGAAUCAGAACUAGAACCA